UUGGAGACGAUCGGAGCAUCCCAAAACUAUCGGCACUUUUUCAGGUUUCGUCCCACUGUGUGGCGGUGACGUGGUGCUGCGAAACAAAGUCGCAUGUUUGACGUCGAUUUGAAGGAAAACGGCAUCGAACGGCAUCGCCGGACGAAAUGGACAUGAAAGUGGGGUCACAAUACUAUCUCACCACGGUGCCCGACCGGUUCGCAAAUGUUCGCAACUCGACUUAUCUCUUGUCAAAAAAGCGAGAGGGAAACGACUUCGGUUAUCCGAUGUACAGCAAAUUGGUUAUCCGCUAUCCGGAUAACCAGAAAUUUUGAAGUAAUCCGGGGUAAUUCUGAGGUAAUCCGGCGUAAUCCAAUGGUAAUCCUGGAAAUUUUUCGAUGUAAUCCGGAGGUAAUCUGUGGGUUAUCCGGGGUUAUCCCUAUCCGAUGUACACAAAAUUUCUCAGUCGUUUCCCCCUCGCAAAAAAGUCGCAGACGACGAUAUCCGCGAACAUUUGAAGACCCGCAGUUUUCCCAGUUUCGAUGGAAACCAAUUCCAAUGAAUAGAUAGGACUGCUUGAUUUUUGCCUUUCCAAAAACAUUUAAAACAUGUUUUUUUGAUCUGCAACAGCGGUAGGAGUGGCCUUUCUUGCGCAACCCCCGCAAAUUUUAUCAUUUUCUCGCGAAAUUGCUCUUCUUUGAGGUCCCUUAACGGCAAGUUGUAGUUAUUUGAGAUGCCAAAAAUGUUCGUAUCUGUAAAGAAUGGUCCUUCCUGAGUUCAGAAACGUUGGUCAUAUUCCUCUAGGACUCAAACGGCAAAAUCGGACUUACGUGCGACUUUUUCUGGUUUCGCCCCACUGUGCGGUGGUUCGACGGCGACCCCUGAUGGGUUCCUGGUAGCCCAGCAGUACCCUAUUGCAGUGCUGAAGUCAAAAGUCCCGGACAACCAAGUGGAAUGCAGCCAGAGGCCGAAGCUGUCUUGGCCUCCAGCUAAAAAUUUUGCUUUGAUGGACUCCUUGUGGUACGUCCUCGUAUCUCCGGAACCGCUUCUCCUAGAGCGUCAGCGACAUGAGCGUUGGACUCCAUGUGUCCUGCGGACCUCGAGGACACCACUUGGGACCACCUGGUUGGUGGCGACAACGGACUCAGACCAUCAAAUUUAGCAUAAGUUUUCAAAAUUUAAGCUUUUAGAGGUGCGCGAAUUAGACAUGUCUCUGACACUCUGACAAAAUUUACACGAGUGAAGCAGACCAGCAUAUAAACAAAGCCGGCACAAAUCCGAAGUUCUCUACCAAAGUCCCUAGUAUCCCGGAAAUAGAUCCGCCGCAGUCGCGUUUUGGAGCGUGCACACUUCACGACUUUUAACCCAGUGUAGCUGGUCUGCCGGUGUAGCGCCCAAGAGGUAGGCCACACCACCGCCUGCCCGCUAGAGGACAUUUCCCUUUUUUCCCGCAUAAUCGCGACUUUUCCCUCCGAUGCCCGCUGCUGACCAUCCAGCCCCCUGGCCCUCAGGUCAUGCCCGCCAGCGACAUAGCCCCGUCGGCAUCCUGGGCGCACCGGGAGGUCCGACGACGACCGCUGACGGGUUCCUAAUAGUCAAGCGCUACCUUAACACGAUGCUGAAGUCAAAAGUCCCGGACACCCAAGUGGAACGCAGCCAGAGGCCGAUGAUGAUUUUGGCCUCCGACUUAUAAGUUUCUUUGACGGACUCCUUGUGCCCAGUGAGAAAUGGCUCAUCGAAUCGACGUCGAUUCGCUGUCGACAACAUCGUCUGCUGGUCGAUGGCUGAAAGGUCGACAAAUCGAAGUCAUUUCGACGUUCGCGAAAAAUGGCAUUUUUUUGCAAACAAGUCGAAUUAGAUAGAAGAACAUCUCAAACUCGUAUUUUCUGGAUGAUUUCUUUUAAAAAAUUGAAAAUAUUAUAAUCGACGUCGUUUUGACGUCAAAUCGAUGUGGAUAGCUGACGGAAGAAAAUCGAUGUAACCUAGCCCCUUGUCUUGAUGGGUUUGAAUUUCCGCGCCUUCCGUGCUCAGCUCAGGUGCAGUGUUUAGCAGUUGCAAGGCAGGAUUUAAUAAGUGUGUUUUCCUACGUCAAAGUACGUCCAUAAAUUAUUAUGUUUAAAUCAGUUACGAAUUAGAGCUUUUCAGACCAAAGUAAAAGUUAAUUUGAAUUCAGUACCACGCUGUUUAGUCUCUCUGUUUGACCACCGAGAACGCGAUUCGACGACGCCAUUUUCAGUAAGUAGAGUCGCCGGGUGUAGGAAAGGUAAACAUUUUUACUUAUUUUUACUUGAGAUGUGAUCUGUCCUCAUGUCACUUCUUCAUCAAAUUUUCAGGUAGUCGAAAUUGGUGUAUUGAAAUUGAAGGAUGGCUGAUGACAACGAUCCUCAGUAUGCUCUUUUGGAGUUUCUGCAAAAUGUGGUGGCUGGUGAAAAGGCACUGGGCCUUGCUCUUGUCAAAUGGCUUUCCAAUAAGCCCGAUGGUUCUCUUGUGUGCAAAUGGCCACCUUUUGAACCCACAUUUGAGCAACUAAAGGCAUUUCUAAUGAAGAAGAAAGAGCCGGAGCCAGACUGGGUGGACCAUCCGUGUGUUCUAGUAAAAACGUACCGCAAUUUCCUUCAAGCUCAUUUGGGUUGGAAACACAGAGUAGAUGAAUCUGAUUACCACACUGAGACAGAGCUGGGUCUAGGGCAUCGCAAGAGGAAGCUACCCAGAAAAUUACUGAGUGCUCAAGAAGAUAAUUCAUCUGAAGACACCAGCUUAGUGCCUACAAAAAAAGUUGUGGUAAAAACUGGAUCAUCAAAAUCCUCAUCUCGUAAGGCUAGCAACUCGAAAACUAUGAAUAUUUCUCGCAAAGAUAGAGGCACCAAGGCUUCUUCAAUUGACAAUUUAAAAAUAGUUUUAGAGGAGAAAAAGAAACAAAAAAAUUUGGAAAAGACCAAAGUUAUUAAUUUCGUGCAAGAGAGAAGGUUCCAGGAAGAUAUCGACCUGAGCCAAAAUAUGGAGGAAGAAACUGAACAAGAACUGUUCAAUGAAGAAAAUCCACAAGGCGAGAGAAGAAAGGAGGAAGGGAGGGUCGUACAGAAAGAAAAAGAGGGAGAAGAUAAAGUGAACACGAAAAGUAUUGAAGAUGAAGAUCAAGCCCAAAAAAUUGAAGAAGAUAAAGCCAGAAAGAAAAAAAAUGAAGAAGAAGCUAAAAAGAAAAAAAUUGAAGAAGAAGCUAAAAAGAAAAAAAUAGAGGAAGAAGCAAAAAAGAAAAGAAUUGAAGAAGAAGCUAAAAAGAAAAAAAUUGAAGAAGAAGCUAAAAAGAAAAAACUAAAGGAAGAAGCAAAAAAGAAAAGAAUUGAAGAAGAAGCUAAAAAGAAAAGAAUAGAAGAAGAAGCUAGAAAGAAAAAACUUGAAGAAGAAGCUAGAUGGAAAAAAGUUGCAGAAGUAUUACAGAAAAAAAAAGAGGAAGAAGAGAGAGAGGCUCAGAAAAAAAGAGACGAAAGAGCCACAAAGGAGGGAAAAUUGCAUGAAUGUCUUGAGAGCGAGAACGAUGGCAGGGCACCCAGUGGCAGUGAAACAAGCGAUGGAGAGUAUGAUUCAGGAUCCACAUCUGGGAGUUCUGAAGAGGAUAAUGGAGAAACCACAACUGUGAGUGAUGAAGAGGAUGAUGAAGGAAACACCACUUUAAUUAGUGAUGAAGAGAAAGAUCAGCAGGAAAGGACUAGUUCUCGCAAUGACUCUGGGCUCAGUGGAGAAGAAUUAGAAGAUCAAGAUAUUUCAAAAGUUAACUCGAGUUCUCGGUUCACAUCUGAUGCUCCCAUAUUAAGUCCAUUUGAAAGACAAGUUCUGUCUGAACUGAAAGGACUACAUCAAAAAGUAAACACAGUGAUGACAAACCAAGCAAAGCUAAACUUGCACUUAUUGCCUGGCGAAAGAGUGAUUUCCAGGCCCGAUGGUAUGCCAGGAACCCCGGUUAAAACCAAGAAAGAACUGGCAGUUCUGGAGAGGUUCUUAGAGAAUUCGGAGAAUGUCACUAGUUUGUCUAUUAUGCUUUCCUGCUUUGUCAACAAGGAACCAAAUAAAGAAUAUAAAUCUGUGAUGAGGGUACUCAGGAACGUGAUGGACAACGCUGUUGCAAAGUAUUAUAGCUUUGAUGGCAAAGGUGUCAAACGAGGCUUUAAAGAAUUAAAGUUGUGGCAAUCAGUCCAAGGUGCUGUACUAUCUAAAGUUGAAAACUCCGAUCUGCAAGAAGCCGAAAGGGCUGCCAGGUCAUGGCUUCGUAAUGCUCCUUACAGGAAGCAGGGAGAUGGAAGCAAAAGUAAGAGAGAGGCCUCCAAAGAUGAACAGCACGGUGAAAAGAAAAAGAAGAAGAAGGCCAAGAAAAAGAAGUCAUCCUAAAAAUGAAUGUAGGCUUUAUUGUACCCAACUUGUCACCCUGCAAGAUUUUUUUUAGUUUUUAAAUUUUAGGCCUAGAAGUGAUUUUUGUCUGGCCAAAUAUAGAUGAUCUCAGUUUUGCUUGGUUUGUCACAAUAAGGCUUGGACAAAAUAAGCAUGUAGGUGUUAAUCUUUACAAUUGAAUUAUCGAGAUUAGGCUUAUAGUACAUAUUUGGAAGCCAUUAAAUGUGUUAUGUUGCCUCCUAAAGGGAGAACAUGAAAAAGAGUUUAUUGUUUUGUUGUCUUUUUAAAGGUCUGGAUCAAAAUCUCAUUUUGUAUAGUUUAAUUGAAAAAGCUACUUGCUACUUUUGUUAAGCCCUUAUGUGUUCAUUUCUGUAGGGUGUGUUAUUUCAGCCAUUAGAUAGGGAAUUUCUUGUGGACUAGACCCACUCCAGUGUCAGUUCUAGUUUUUGUUCUAGUCGCUUUAUGUUCUAGUCUUUCAAUACUUUAAAGAACCCUGAGCUCUUGAAAUCCUUGUCUAUGUAUGCAAUACAAAUAAACAAUUACAAUGAAAACUC